AUGCUUGUCGGGUUGUUUCAAUACGUGACGGAUGUGCCUCUAAAAGGAUCGGCCGAGAAACACUACAAAAGGUGGAAGAGCGAGAAUCAUCUCGUCCCUGACGCCAUCGGCCACCUCAUCCAUGGUAUUACCCUCCACGAAGGCGAAUGGGACUCUCCCGGCGCCAUCAAGAGCUGGAAGUACAAUCUUGAUGGGAAGGAAGAAGUGUUUAAGGAGAGAAUAGAGAUGGACGACGAGAAGAUGGCGGUGACAUUCAAUGUGCUCGAUGGUCAAGUCAUGGAGGAGCUUAAGGUGUAUAUCGCAAACUUACAAUUCAUUCCCGAGUCCGGAAAUGAUGGCUGCGUCUGCAAAGUUAGUGUAUAUUGGGAGAAACGCACUGAAGACUCUGCAGAGCCCACCAUGUUCAUGAAGUUCCUCGAGAAGAUGGUUGCUGACAUGGAUGGCCACAUCCUCCAAAACCAGGAAUAAUGGAUCGAUGCUUAAUCAUAUCAUCACAUCCUCCUUUAAUUAUAUUAUAUAUGUAACGUUUUUUCUUAAAAAAAAGUUUG